UGCUCAAGACAAUCAAAUCUUACCAGCAUAUUUGAAAGUCGAUGAUAUAGUUUGUCAACGGUGUUAUAAUGGAAUCAUUGUUCACCCUUCAGUUGUGAUGAAAGAGCAUGCAAAGGCAACUUAUAGUGUUCGAUUUA